CCUAUAUAGACCGAAUAGUAGAAUAAAACUUUUAAAGCAAAAGGAGAGACAAUGUCCUGGACUAAAGUUGUAGCCAUAACAGGAUGUGAUAGUGGCCUUGGCUGGGCUUUAGCAGCGCGGAUGGCGAGAGAUGGAAUAAUUACAGUGCCGGGCAUGUACAAUGGCACCGCUACUGAAGCUUCGCACGCACUUAAAAACCUCUCUGCUCAUCCAUUUAAGCUAGAUGUUACAGAUUCUGAGAGUGUUAAUGAAUUUAGCGAAUAUGUCAAGAGUAUUGUCAAAAAGAAUUCAAAUUACAAAUUAUACGCAGUAAUAAACAACGCUGGUGUAAUGACCAUUGGUGACUACGAAUGGCACACGCCACAAAUCAUUGAAAACACAAUAAACGUCAAUUUACUCGGAGCAAUGACAGUGGUUUCUGCAUUUUUGCCCGAUUUACGAAAAAGUGCACAGAGUGGUGUGAAACCUCGUAUUAUUAAUGUAGCUAGUCACUGUGGGUUACAUCCACUUCCCGGAUUUGGUACCUACAGCGCGAGUAAAGCUGGUGUAUUGGCCUGGACAAAAGCCUUACAUAUGGAAUGUGUACAUGAUAAUAUAAAAGCAUUGGCUUUUAUACCAGGUGGAUUCGUCGGUUCUAGUAAUUUGUUAAAAAAUCAACUUCUGAAUGGAAAUGCGAUGCUGGAAUAUAUGAAUGAAGAACAAAAGGCUUUAUAUGGGAAGAAAAUACGAAUCUUGAAUAAUUAUUUAAAACAAGCAUGUAAUAAUACCAGAUUUGAUUCCCUAAACGAUGAAAAGAUAAUUGAAACCUUUAUGAAGGCUCUCACUGAUAAUAACCCAAAGAAAAUGUACAAAGUUGAAUCGUUACGUUACAAAUUUUAUUACAAUUUAUUCAAAUUACCUUUGCCAGAUACAAUAUACAAAAGCCUUAUUAAAAGAUUUCUUAAGUUCCCUGAAGUUUAA